CCAAAAAAAAUGCAGAGUCAAGCAGAAAGGAAUAAAAAGGAGCAAGAAGAAGAAGAAAUUAGAGAGGAGAAGGAGAAGAAGAAUGAGGAUGGAAUUCCACUAAUGGCGUUGAACCACGUGUCGAGACUUUGUAAGGAUGUGGAAAAAUCAGUUGAGUUCUAUACUAAAGUACUUGGUUUCGUGUUGAUCAAAAGGCCCCAAGCUUUCGAUUUCGAUGGAGCAUGGUUGUUCAAUUAUGGCGUUGGGAUUCAUUUGGUUCAUGCUAAGCAUGAUGAACAACAUAAAUUGUCUGAGGAUCAUGCUCAGAACCUCGACCCAAUGGAUAACCAUAUUUCUUUCCAGAGUGAAGACAUGGAGGGAAUGGUGCAUAGGUUGGAGGAAUUCAAGAUAAAGUACCUAAAGAGAACGGUAGGAGAAGAAGGAGGGGCAGCCAUCGAUCAACUCUUCUUUAAGGACCCAGAUGGAUUCAUGAUUGAGAUUUGCAAUUGUGAGAAUGUGAAGCUCGUCCCUCAACGUUCCAUAGGCCGCAUUAAGUUACCUUCUGAUCGUCACAAUCCUCCUUUUGAAUUGGGAAAUAAUGAUCCCAAAACAUAA